ACUUAUGGACACAAGUUUAUUUAUAAACGGUGUACAUGUAGCUACUAGCAGUAUUAAGUGCCAAGAGAAGUCCAUUUGCAGCUAAUGUCGAAUUUAUGCGUCUCUCGUUAUCCGCGAGUGUCACAGACGAGUAAAUGUUAAUGAAAGUGUGACCUCAGACAAGGUUACGGCUUGUCGCCUCCCUCAUUUUUAAUGAACAGACUUUUGUUAAACGCAUUUAGCGAAUUUUUUUUGCUGACAACGUGACUUAACUCCACAUAACGAUAGUAUCAUUCGUUAACUUUGUGCGAAUGAAACUCCAAAUGAUAGAGAAACGAAGAACGUGUAGAUUACCUCACAGCGGUACGUACUAUAUCGCAGUAAUGAUUUUAGCAGGUAGGUGUAGUAUGAGGGAUACAUGUAUGUGAACGGGAAGAGGGCUGUCUUUUAUGUAAGCGAGACUUGCAGUAAAUUUGCCGAGAAAGACGCAACAUACCGCUUACUUUCUGCUCUCUAUAAAAAAAUGUGUUCAUUCCGCACUUCUAAAUAACCCUGAUUCCAUCUCGAUAUCUCAAAGAAAAAUACUUCUUCUACGCCUCCUUUCAAAAAGUUAUACAACGUAUAUGUAUGUCCAGAUGGUAAAAAAAACUCCAGUACAAAGGGUUGUUUGUCAUUUUCGCUCUCUGCAUUUUGGGUUUUUAUUAAAUUAUUUAAUAUAUCUCUGUGGUAAACACCCCCCUCUCUCUCUCGCUUGUAAACACGAUUUCAAAAGGAUCCUUUAAACCCCUAAAUUUGCACAAUAAUUACAGGUUUAAAGGAUGAACAUUUAACAGGAUGGACUUGUUUCCACUACUGGUAAUAAUGUUGGUUUAUUUGAUAUUACGCCUCUCUGAAACCCCCUCUCCAUAUUUUUGGUUUAUUUGUUAUAGGUUUUAUUUUCAAUACGUCAAAUAAGCAAAAGUUGACAUGUCUUAAAUUAUUGUUUACAACAUUCGGUAUGACAAUCAAAUGUAAUAUGUGUCUUACCCAUUUUCAGUGUUCUUUGUUUUUUAUACAGAGCAGGGACAGGAUAAUUAAGGAAAAAGAGGGGGGAAAGGCAACGAGAUGUCAGCUAAAAGAGGUGAUCACCGUCAGCAUUCCAUUCGUUGUUUGCCUAUAUUCAAGGUUUUUAAUUAUGUCUUCGCAUUUGCCUGUGGAUUUACUGUUUCAUCGUGGCUUCUCCUGGUUUAUCCAACCCAUGUGCUUUACAGAGAGGAAUGCCAAACGCCAACUCAGAUGGUGACACUUACAGAUACACAAAUAACUCUUAAACCAGAAAGGCAUUUUAGUGCAAGUGACACGCCUUCCUCAUUGACGCCAACCCGGACAAGCACUGCAGCAUCGAUCCAGCGCCCUAGUGAAGCGUUUAUCCUAGCUCGAGGUAUGGGGGGACGUUUGGGUAACCAGAUGUUUGAAUAUGCCACCGCGUACGCUUUAGCUUUAUCAAACAACAUGACUGUCAGGUUGCACGCCGACUUUUUUCGAGACGUCAUAAAAAUCUUCAACUUAAAAGACAAAGCCUUAGACGUAUCUAACUUUGAUGAUUACCCAUUUGAAGAAUACAAAGUGCUUCAGUGUGAGGCAGAGACAACUUCUUAUAACCCAAACUUUAAAAACAUCAGUCGCACGAAAACCAUGGUCCUUGGGUACUGUCAGUCGUGGAUGUAUUUUAUCCACGUAAAAGAGCAAAUCCGUAGAAGGUUUUCGUUCAGUAAAUCUGUAAUGAAAACGGCUACUAAUUUCAUCAAGCAUGCUAUAAAGGUGCACAAGAUGGAGUCUCCCGUCGUCAUCGGGAUCCACGUUCGAAGGGGAGACCACGUCAGUGACUGGGGGAUGGAGUACGGCUACGUGGUACCAAAUAGAACGUACUUCCAAAGAGCAAUGUGGUACUUUGAUAAACGGUACAUAAACACUCUCUACCUUAUCAUAUCUGAGGACACAAACCAGACACCGACCUGGGCAGAAGUUAACAUUGUCCACCCAAGACUACUCCACGGCAGUAAACAGGCUGCUGAGGUGGACCUGGCCAUUCUGUCCCUGUGUAACCACACCAUCCUCAGUGCUGGGAGCUUUGGGUGGUGGGGAGCGUUCCUUAAUGGGGGAGAGGCCGUAUACUUUAAUCAGUGGCCCAGACCAGGGUCACAAGUAUCUGCAGAAGUCAGAGGCAAUGAGUAUUUUUGUCCGUGGUGGAUUGGAAUGCCUAAUUAACCAAACUGUUUGUGAGAUUUGGAUUAAGAAAUACUAGUGCUUAGUUCAACGGCUUUUCUCUAGAUCUCAAUGUCAUGGACGCUAAUAACGUGUCGUCCAUACAUUUUCUGUUGACUUGCAGGGAUAAUUCUUUCGCAAAGGGGAGAUCAAGAUAAAGAACUUUUUGGGGGAAUAGACUCCGCAACAUCACCACUAACAGUUUCACUAUAGAAUGAAAUGUGAUAAUUGUGACAAACUGGCUUCUCUACCACAUUGGUCUCUCGCUGACCGUCUUCAUGCACUGCCAAGGCAGUGCAUAUCUCGCCAAACACGCCUCUUCCUUCCCAUUCUCUCUCUCUCUCUUGUUCUAUUUAACAUAUUUAUAUAUUAAUUAUCGUUUGUGAGCGAUUUUAACAUCUCAGUUAAACAAACUCUGCAUAUUUCAAAAAGAACCCCGGCUCUGAGAGUUGAACAAACAGUUAAGUUGAUAAAGAUACGAACUUAACUACUUAACACAUCAAAAUAUAGUUAUGAUGUUAUCAUUUUAAUUAUUUGUCUCGUUCUUCAAC